ACACUUCACAGAUUUCUCUCUCCUUCUCUUUCUUCUUUAUUUAUGGACGGGAUGGUGUCUCCCCUUCACUCUGAUCCUCCUCCUAUUUCCUUCUUUUCUAACGCCACCACCACCAAGCCUCCCUCUCUACCAGUAAGCCUCCACUCUUUCCUUGAGAAUAAGAGAAACACCCCUGAAUCUCUUCGGAUGUUUCCCUUCCCUCUCAACCUUUCCCGCCGCGAUGACCAUGCAGAACUUUCUCCCGCUGAUGACCACCGUGUGCUUGUUAGUGAAGUCGACUUCUUUUCGAAGAAGAAGAUUAGAGCUGUUGCUCAUAAUUACAAUGGCCAUGAUCAUGAUUCUAAAGCCACAUGUAUCGAUGUUAAGAAGGAGAUUUCUCCAAGGUCAAGCCUUGAUGUAAACACUGGGUUGCACCUCCUCACUGCUAAUACUGCCAGUGAUCAAUCAACGGUGGAUGAUGGGGUAUCAUCGGACGUCGAUGAUAGACGAUCCAAAAGUCAAGCUCUAGUGCAACUACAAUUAGAGCUCCAGAUGAUGAACGGAGAAAAUCAAAGAUUGAGAGAAGUGCUUAGUCAAGUAACCAAAAAUUACAAUGCUUUACAAAUGCAUCUUCUAGCUUUGAUGCGACAGCAACAAAACCAUGGAACUGAAGCUAACCAACAGCAUGAGGUUUUCCAAGGGAAGCCCGAGGAAAAGAAACAUGAGGUGGUGCCCAGACAAUUUUUGGAUCUUGGCUCUUCAGCUGAGACCGAUGAAAUGUCUCAUUCAUCGUCUGAUGAAAGGACUCUUUCAGCCUCACCUCAGACUGAUAUGGAAACGGCAUCCGUGAAAAAUAAUGGGAAUCAGCAGGAGAAUUCUAUUGUCAAGGAUGGCAAAAAAAUUGGCAGAGAAAAUUCAGAAUCACAAGGUUGGAAUUCUAGCAAGGUUCAACAAUUGAAUUCCCCCGGUAAUAAGAGUCUUGAUCAAUCAACUGAGGCCACCAUGAGAAAAACUCGUGUCUCAGUUCGAGCCCGAUCAGAAGCUCCCAUGAUCACUGAUGGAUGCCAAUGGAGAAAGUAUGGACAAAAGAUGGCUAAAGGAAACCCAUGUCCUAGGGCUUACUAUAGAUGCACCAUGGCAGUAGGUUGUCCAGUUCGUAAACAAGUUCAACGUUGUGCAGAUGAUAGAACAAUCUUGAUUACAACUUAUGAAGGUAACCACAAUCACCCUUUGCCUCCAGCAGCCAUGUCAAUGGCUUCCACAACAACAGCGGCUGCAAGCAUGCUACUGUCAGGAUCAAUGUCAAGUGGAGAUGGGUUAAUGAACCAAAAUUUACUGACGAGAGCAAUUCUUCCAUGUUCAUCAAGUGUGGCAACAAUAUCAGCUUCUGCUCCAUUCCCAACCGUAACAUUAGACCUUACCCACAACCCUAAUCCAUUACAAGUCCAAAGACCUCCCACCCUUUUCCAAUUCCCCUUUCCAGGCCAAUCCCAGCUUUUUGCCUCCGUCACCGCCCCACAAUUGCCUCAGGUUUUUGGUCAAACACUUUAUAAUCAAUCAAAAUUCUCUGGCCUCCAGCUGUCUCAUGAAAUGGGGUCCUGGCAUUUACACCAACAAUUGCACCCAGAACAACAGCCCGCACUAGUUGACACUGUCAAUGCUGCGACCACGGCCAUCACCGCGGAUCCCAACUUCACUGCAGCACUGGCAGCCGCCAUCUCCUCCAUUAUCGGUGGUGCUAACGGCAACACCACCACUAGAAGUGGCAACAACACAAGCAACAGAAAUUAGAAAAGGGUCUCAAUUUUUAUCCUUUUUUUGUUAGAGUUCCUCGAUUGUUAAUUCAUUUUUUCUUUCUUCUUUUUUUUCUUGUUGGGGUAAAAGGGAUUAGAACACAAAAUUACAUUCUUUGUGAUUAUUUCAUAAUGAGUAAUUAACUUAGGUUAUAAUUGUUAGGAGAAUUAAUUCAUUGAGCUGAAUUAUAUGUGUUUGUGAACUAAUUAAAUACU